CCAGCGUCUUUGGAUGUGGCGCACAUCACCAUCACCAACAUCGUCAUUCCGUCGUUAUCAUCUCUGCCUCUCUGGACGUUUUUUUCAUUUCUGAAUUCUGAAGAGACUUUUUUGUGGUGUUCAUGCAAGAAGUGUUCUUAAUGGAAAUAGUUCCAGCUUUAGACAUUGAAUGGGCUGCUGUUGUGUUUGAAGACUGAAGACUGAAUAGACAGACUGAGUGACUAAGGAUCUGCAUAAUUCAAUUCAGCAAAGAGGACUUCGACAGACACUACAUUUUGCUGCUUUCCUCUGGAUUCUUAUUUUUUGCCUGACGGAAAGUUUUCAACAAUGACGGCCAUGCAGAAGCUGUUGCAACUGCCUGUGAAUGCAGUGAACAUAGUAAAGACGGUGCAGAUUCAAGUGCAGGGCCAGGAGGAGGCCAAGAGUCCAGUUCUGUCCCCGGACAAAAGUCAGCAGGCCUGGUACAGUGCUUUGCAGCCUGAUGAACUUCGCCACCUUCGUGCCAGUGACGGAGGUGGAAAUCAGGAGGAACAAGCGCCACAAGAUGAAAGUGCUUCUGCCUCAGUAUCUAGCGCUGGAACUUUUCAAACUCAACCAUUGCGGCAUGAUGACUUAAAGGAGAUGCUUGACAGCAACAAAGACUCGCUGAAGCUGGAGGCCAUGAAGCGAAUUGUGGCUAUGAUUGCUCGAGGUAAAAACGCAUCGGACCUCUUCCCUGCCGUGGUGAAGAAUGUGGCUUGCAAGAACAUUGAGGUAAAGAAGCUGGUCUACGUAUACUUGGUGCGAUAUGCAGAGGAGCAGCAGGAUCUGGCUCUACUCUCCAUUUCAACGUUCCAGCGAGGCCUGAAGGAUCCGAACCAGCUGAUCAGAGCCAGUGCCCUGAGAGUCCUCUCGAGUAUCCGAGUUACGAUCAUUGUGCCCAUCAUGAUGCUGGCUAUCAAGGAAGCAGCUUCUGAUAUGUCUCCAUAUGUAAGGAAGACAGCUGCUCACGCUAUCCCCAAACUUCACAGUUUGGAUCCAGAGCAGAAAGAUCAGCUGAUUGAAGUAAUAGAGAAGCUCCUUGCUGACAAAACCACAUUGGUUGCAGGUAGCGUUGUGAUGGCUUUUGAGGAGGUCUGUCCAGAAAGAAUUGACUUGAUCCACAAGAACUAUAGAAAGCUGUGUAAUCUUCUCAUUGACGUGGAGGAGUGGGGUCAAGUGGUCAUCAUCAACAUGUUGACUCGCUAUGCCAGGACCCAGUUCCUCAACCCCAACAUCAACGAGUCCCUGCUGGAGGAGGGAGGUGGUGGGGAGAAGACGUUUUAUGCCUCUGAUGAAGAAGAGGACGAUGAGGAGGAGAAAGAGAAGAAGGCUGAAGCUGCUGCCAUGGCCAAGAGGAAGCCUUAUGUGAUGGAUCCAGAUCACAGGCUGUUGCUCAGGAACACCAAACCCCUCUUGCAGAGUCGGAACGCAGCUGUGGUGAUGGCAGUGGCUCAGCUUUACUUCCAUCUCGCCCCGAAAGCAGAAAUUGGGGUCAUCGCCAAAGCUCUGGUCCGUCUUCUGCGCAGUCACAGUGAAGUCCAGUAUGUUGUACUCCAGAACGUAGCAACAAUGACCAUAAAGAGAAGGGGAAUGUUUGAGCCAUAUCUCAAGAGUUUCUACAUCCGCUCUACUGACCCCACCCAGAUCAAAAUCCUCAAGUUGGAGGUGCUGACCAAUCUGGCUAAUGAGACAAACAUCUCUACUAUCCUCAGGGAGUUCCAGACCUACAUCAAAAGCAUGGACAAAGACUUUGUGGCUGCCACCAUACAAGCUAUUGGCCGCUGUGCCACCAACAUAGGAGAGGUCCGGGACACCUGUUUGAAUGGUCUUGUGCAGCUGCUGUCCAAUAGAGACGAGUUGGUGGUGGCUGAGUCUGUGGUGGUUAUCAAGAAGCUUCUGCAGAUGCAGCCGGAAAAACACAGUGACAUCAUCAAGCAUAUGGCAAAACUAACUGACAAUAUCCAGGUUCCGAUGGCCCGGGCAAGUAUCCUGUGGCUGAUUGGUGAAUACUGUGAGCACGUUCCAAAGAUUGCACCCGAUGUUCUGAGAAAGAUGGCGAAGUCAUUCACCAAUGAGGAGGACAUUGUCAAGCUGCAAAUCCUCAACUUGGCGGCCAAGCUCUAUCUCACCAACUCCAAACAGACCAAACUCCUGACUCAGUAUGUCCUCAAUUUGGCCAAGUAUGACCAGAAUUACGACAUACGUGAUCGUGCACGCUUCAUUCGGCAGCUCAUUGUGCCAACAGAGAAGAGUGGAGCCUUGAGCAAGUAUGCAAAGAAGCUCUUCUUGGCCCUGAAACCCGCACCUGUGCUCGAGUCUCCAUUCAAAGAUCGAGACCACUUCCAGUUGGGUUCACUGUCCCACCUGCUCAAUGCAAAAGCUGGGGGCUACCAGGAAUUGCCCAACUGGCCAGAGGCUGCCCCAGAUCCCUCCGUGCGCAACGUGGAGGUGAAGGAGUCUGUAUUUACGCUGCUUGAAAGAGUUACAACAUUAACGAGUGUUCCAGAGUGGACCAAAUGUAGCAGCAGAGAGAAGCGGAAAGAAAAGAAGGUGGAGAAGCCAUUUUACUCUGACUCGGAAGGCGAGUCAGGACCAACAGAGUCUGCUGACAGUGAAUCCUACUCCAACAGCAGCUCUGAGAGUGGCAGUGGCAGUGAAGAGAGUGGAACCAGCUCAGACAGUGAGGGAAGUGAGGAAGCCUCUGAGUCUGAGGAAGAGGAGGAGGACAAGAGGAGAACGAAGAAAGAAUCAAAGAUGCCAGUGCCCCCAAGUGAAAGUGAGGAGAGCAGUGAGGAUGAGAGGAGGCCUCAGAAGAAGAGUAAAGAACUUAAAACCGAAUCAGAGUCUGGAUCGGAUCAGGACGAUACCGAGUCAGACAGCAGCCCAUCAGAGUCCGAUGAUUCGGAAUCCGAAACCGAUAUCAAAAAGAAGAAAAAGGCCACAGAAUCAAAGGCUUCCUCAAAGCCCAUCAGAAAAGAAAACAGACGGGAGAAGAAAGAAAUGUCUCUGCUUGACCUUGAUGACUUUGAGCCUGCUCCGUCUCCUCAAGUAACGCCUGUCAACACAUUCCUGUCCAGCAGCCUGGUGACUGAUUUGGAAGGGCUCUCUUUGUCAGACCCUCUUCUUUCUCCAGCAGCCGUCACCCCCUCCAGUGCUCUGAAGAACCAUGAGCUCCUGCACCGAAUCAAGGGGGAGGGUUUGUCUGUGGAGUACUGCUUCACUCGCCAGCCCUACAGUCUGGACUCCAACAUGGUGGCGGUCCAGAUGCAGUUCACUAACAACUCAACUACCGACACCAAGAACCUGCACAUGAAAGACGUGAAGCUGCAGUCUGGGAUGAGAGUCAAAGAGUUUCCAGAGAUAGAGCUGCUGCCUGCAGGGGAGUUGACCACUGCAGUGAUGGGAAUAGACUUUUGUGACUCCACACAAGCUGCCAACUUCCAGCUGUGCACAAAUACCAAGACGUUCUUCGUCUCAAUCCAGCCUCCAGUUGGAGAGCUGAUGAAGCCGGUUUUCCUGACCGAAAAUGAGUUCAAGAAGGAGCAGGGUCAGCUGAUGGGGAUGAAUGAGAUCACAGAGAAGUUGACUUUAAAUUUGAACUGGAGGAACGAACAGGAAAUUGUCCAGAGAGUUAUGGCGGCUGCCAAUCUCAGCAGAGUUCCCUGUGGCUCCGACAAAGAGUGCAGUCCUCCUGUCCAUCCACCCGAUCCUCCUGUCCACAGGUUCGCCGGCAGAACGAUGUCCAGCGGCAGCCUGGUGUUGGUCACCGUGGUGAGCAAUGAGGAGGGCGCUGCUCAGCUGACCAUCAACUGUGAGAAGAUGGUGAUUGGGACAAUGCUUGUGAAAGACAUCCUCCUGACCUUGACACAGUGACGUGUCGUGACGCUCACCUGCAUCCACUUCACUCAAGUAGCAUUGCCAGCAUUGUUUCCUGUGUGGCUCGCUCCAUUGAAGACUCCUGUCUGAUGACUGCCUGUUCGUGUCACCGUUGAUGAGAGUAACUACCAGUUUCAGCAACAUAGAAGGGGUUUAAAAAAGGUUUAUAUUUCAAAUAUAAUAAUAAUAAAAUAAUGGAGAAAAAAUGUUUUCCAAAAUUCAGAAAAUUUCUCCUUAAAGUGUAAUUUUCCAGUUCUCUUCAUCGUCAGAAACCUCUGCCAGAUGUUGUUUGGUUAGAAGUUGUCCUGUAACUGGAUUUGACUGGCUCAGAUGAUUAUCCGUCAGGCUAUUAUGCCAUCAGGGAGAGUUUGUUGCUGGGGAACACCACAGUGUGUUUGUGUUUGUGUGUAUAAUUGUCUCACUUCAAAACUUAUAUUCAGAUUAAAAUACCUGCAUAGACCACCACAACUUAUAACUUUGUAUGGUAUGUAAAAUUCUUGUUUUCUUCGUUUAUAAUUCUCUCUCUCUCUCUCUCUCUCUUCUGCUGUGCCGUCCCACUCUUCUGGUAGUGCUAUCUGACCAGCCACAGCAGCGUGAACAUCUCCCCGAACUCUGAACAAUGACCAUUCUUUGCGCUCGAACUUCCACCGCUCCACCACUUCCUCUUCCUCAUCAUAGUCUAUCGAUCACUGGCCUACGCUGCUUGGCAGUACUCUCCCCAGGCACCACCUGCCAGACUCACUCUCUGGCACACAAAAUGUGUUCAUCACCGUCUCCAUCCUCCUGGCAAAAGCUUGGCAAAAACGUACACUCCUGCAGUCACCUACAUGGCCAUAAAAGCCUGCUUCUCCUCUUACUGUUUCCAUCACCUUACUAGUCUGUUCCUGGACUCCUCCUCUUCAGUUAUUUUUUUUCUUUAGUGGAAAACAUAAUCCUAAUGGUUUCAGAGGCAAACAGAGGGAUGAGAGGACACAAAUCUGUGUAUCCACUGGUUCUUGCAACCUGUAAACCAUCAUGGGAUUGAUGAUGAAACAGGGUCAACUAUUGUCUUGUUUGAAGUUGAAGAAGUAUGUUUUCGUCCACAAGAGAUAGAGACGAAAGUUCAUUUAAUACAAAGGUUUGUGGAUUAAGUUUGUUUUCAAGAUGGAAGCUACAGCUGGAUUCCCCCUAUGAAGCAAGCGGACAGAGCAUAGUGGAUAGAUUCGCAGAAAUGACCUAGAUUUCGGGUUUGCUCAAUCAAGUCUAUUAUUCACAAACUGGUUUGUCUGACAUGCUUUAAAUGCUUCAGCGAAUGAUAAUUGUGUUCAGCUGAAGUCAAGGCUGAAGUCCAUGUUUGUAGUUUUUUGUAGUCCUUCUUAGGCAAUCAAUAUAAACAGUUGCAAGUGAGGCAGCCAUUUUAAAAACUCUUAACACGUUUUAAGUAAAACUGCAUUUCAAUGUGAAGCCACUCUGAUUUGACAAUACAGAACAGUAGGGCACCUUGAACAGAUGCCUCAUGCAUACUUAAAUAAUCCAAUCGAUCAUCUGACAAUGAUGUGCAAAGUUUGGACCAGACAAUUGUGGCGUAAUUAUAUCUACAACUUCUAAAACAAGUCAGAGUCUCAGUCAGUACUAAUACCAUGAUUAAGUUUAUUGCAUUAUAAACACAUGACCCUGGACCAGUCACACUGCGUUCACCCGUUGCACUAGAGUGUCCUUGUGAAGUGGGAGAGCUUAGCAGGUUAAACAGAGUCACUGAGCCUGGUGAAUGGAUCUUCCAACAUUAGAUGUACCUGUAUCACAAAGGUUAAAACUGCAGGUCACUUGAAAGCCCCAGACACCUCUCAGUUUUAAAUAAAGUUAUUCAUCAAUAAACAAGGAGCAUUUGGUCCCACCAUGCAGCCUCCAACAGCCAGACUGCCUUCAUGAAAGCACACAAUGAAAAACUUUGGUCAGAAAUUGCUUGCUCACCUGGAGCGUAUUAUAUAGCAAAGACAAGAAGUCACUUUAAAAAUGUUGCAGUAGCAAAAAGUUGGAGUGAAUGAAUGUUUCAUACAAAGUUGUUGAUGUCGGCACAAGAUGUGGUUCAAAGUUAACACCAGCACUUCUACGGAAGGUAGGGGGCUCCUGUGAGGCCAGCAUGAUGACACUUCAGUCAGUGGCACACAGACACAGGUGUGGUGAGUUCAGGUUCACGUGAGUUCUGUCUGUCGAGUCUGUGGCAGCAGCAUUGCCACGCCUCCUCCCGUCAGCAGAAGAGCAGAGACCAGCAGCACCGGCACGGCACAGUCGCUGUCCACCAGAGCUCCAAACACCAAGUUAGCUGUGAUGGCUGCCACCCGCCCCACCCCAGUGAAGAAGCCCAGCGAGGAGGAGCUGGUGGGAGGAAGCAGACAUGAAAGCAAAAUUUAAAAAAAAAAAAAAAAAAAGACAAGUAAAAAAAAGCCUUUGUUAAUGCAGCAGGAAAGUGAAACGGACUUGGGGAGGCAGAUUGUAUCUGGAAGUCAAUGAAGAUAUUUGUUUUGGUUAUGGCUAACGCUGGAAUUUUCCAUCUGCCCCCAAGUCCCUUUGAGUCUCCCGGUGGUUUGAUUCUAUAUGCCCCAAUUCGAUCAGCCGCGACGAGCUGGCAACUUCUCCUAGCCAAUGAGUUCAGAAAUCGCAUCCUGCUUGCUACUGAGCUCACGUCACGUCCGUCUGAGAAUUGGUUGCCCUUUGCAAUGGACACACAGAGCCACGUCUUGCAUGUUACAAUCGUACUAUAACUGAGGCAAAUGCCUGUUUAGACUUUUAAAAGACUAUGUGCUUUAGAUUGUGUACCAUGAGUUUGCAUGUGUUUUGGGUCGAACAACUUUAAUACAAAUCAGCCAAUCAUUUCGGGAACAUAAGCUUGAUGGAAAAAAAAUAUGUAUAUAUUGCAAGCACCUGAAUGAAGUGUGUCUCUCCAUAGAACAAGAACUUUCCAGUAGCCACAUAAUGAAAGACAUACUGCACUUCAUUGCCCUGACAGUGUAAGAGGCUUGGAAGGCCCUGUCAGACAAGUCAUUGGAUCUGCAAGGUCAAUAGACCGAUCAGUCCAAUCCAGCACUCCAUCCUUCCUGCAUUUGUGACUCAGGGUAGCAGCUCUGGUUCUGCUGAGGAGACGGACGCACCACAUUGGUGCAGGGAGAGCCGCCAUCUUCCAUCCUGGCAAAGAGCUCCGGAAACCACAUCCACAGUCCAUAGUAGCUGCUCACAAAGAUGGCAAUGCCAGUCUCUUCGCGGUAAUGACAAUAAGAGGACUCACCCAAAGGAUAUGCAGUAGAAGGCAAUGAACAUGACGGUGCUCCUAGAUUUGAGAGGACUUCUGAACAUAUGUCGAAUUGGCUUAAAACCCUGAAAAGAGCAGGUAAAUAUGAAACAUCAAAUAUAAAAAAUCUCUGUUGACACACAUCAGGUUUUCACAUUAUGACCACCAGCUGUCUUUCGACGUAUUAGGCUCUAUUUAGAGACGAAAGCUGACAUAAGAUGAGGCGAUUCAUCACUUUAAAACGCAUUUAAACAACGCUCCACUUGAAUGAAUGUGAGUGUGGAAUUUUAAACACCAAAUAUAUUUUGUCAACUGUUUUUGCUUGCUGCCAUAAUCAAUCUCUUAACAGAGGAAACUUCAUAAAACAAGUUAGUUGUUUAACUGUAAGCCUGGAGUGUCACAUCACCUUGGUAAAAUCCUGCUUGAGUCUUUCUCCGAGUGAAAUUUGGGAGUUGUUGCGCGUCUCGUGCUGCUCAGGGAUGCACAAUCUGCAUUUCUGCUGGAGACAUGAGGGCCAAACACCAUAUGACAUUCACAGCUUUCUGCCUUCAGCAAAGCAAUAGAUGACUUCUCCACAGCAACGGUUCUCAAAUUAGGCUUCGCAAAAUGAUUGCUGUUACAAAGUCAGGGAACAUUUGUCAGCGGUACAUACUGGAAAAAAACUAUGGGAGAGAAGCACAGCUCUAGACCGCUUCUGUGGCAACAGGCAUUAAGUGAACACAUGCAACAGCUGACCACAUCGACAGACCAUCCCUAUAAUGAGAGCAUCCUGGGUCAGGAUGCAUUGAAUUGAAUGCUCUUUGUGAAAGUCUUAAGGUGCAGUCAGGAGAAAAUGUAAAAAUGUCUAUAUCUAUAGCUAUAUAUCUGAGGGGCACAGUGAAACUAGUCCUGUCUAUAUCAGAGGGGGGUGAUAAGACAGUGAAAGAAGGCUGGCAUUUAUCGGAGGAGGGUAAUAACACAGUUGGGAUGAACAUUCAUUUCAAAUUAUUCUACAGUACUGCUUGCAAAAUGGAAUGAAAGUCACAUGAAGUUGGAUAACUAUUAUCAACAUGCACACCGGAAAAGUUUUCCCGCUGCCACCCAUGUUCAUUCGACACAUCAGACUGAAGACCUGGAUGGCGUCUUUUUCUCGGCCCACCUGACAAUCACAAGGAGGGGACAAUCACAGUCAGUUCACACACAGUAUCACAACUUAUUACCUCCAUGAGGAACUUGGGGCUCUCAGGCAUCAGCAGCCUGUAGAGCAAAGCUGAGCUGAGGCCUGGCACCGAACACAGCACCACGAACAGCCUCCAGCUCUGAAAGGUCCAGCCUGCUAUGGACCAAUGAGCCCAAGUUCUGGGAAUCACCACCCAGGCCAGUCCUGCAGACACAGAAACACAGUUUUAAGCAUUGAGAGCAUAGGUGAGCGGCACUCAUGAGGACAGUGCAAAACUACAAAUGAAAUUGAAAUGAACAUUAAAAAGUUAUUAAAGAUAUUGAGAAAACACUGAUAAAUUGAUCGAGGUUGACAAAACAGUUCCAUUGACCCUACAUAUCCAUCACUUACAUCGACCUUCUGCUACAAUUUUAUUAUAUUUGUGAUUUAUAUUGAUAAUAUUUAAAUAAAAUGCAUAUGAACUUUCAAGCACAUCAUGUCAUGGCAAACUGUAUUUAGACCUUUUCCUAUUUUCACCUUGUUUCACAUUGGGGUGACGGCACCUCACAACAGUUAAAGCAGAUAAUGUGACCCCUGGUUUAGAGGUCAGUUGAUCCUAUUACCAGAGUUUGUAUCUCCAGUGGAGAGCAUGUGACUUGUGCAAACAUGCUGAAAUGUUAAGACUUACAUUAGUGAUGAGCUGAUGAGGCUUCUUGAAACAGUCUCCUCAUUUUCAGAGCUCAGUAGGUGGCGUAGUUGGUUUAAAAAUGAUGUGAGGUGUGAUGUUGAAUUGGUUUUUCAAAUCCACAGACUUUAGAGCUGGGGUUGACAUCUGGUGGGCUCUGAAAAUAUGGGUACUGAUCCAUGAAAACUCAGCAGUCCAUUACUAGCAUUCACUCUAAUUCAAGCUGCGUAACUUUUGAAAGACCAGCACAGCAUUUUGAAGCCUCGACUGGAGAUUUUCCCUUUUCUGGGAUUCAGUCAGAAGGCAGAAAAUUUAGUGUAGAAACAGUCACUGAUACAGCAGAGGAGCAUCUUAUACAUAGUAAAAUCAGUUCGACAAACUACUGUAUUGCUGAUUCAUCGUAUACAAUGCGAAAUAAAAAGUGGAAAAAAACACAAGAGGAAUAAACCCACUGACAAACCAAACAAACAAAACAAAAAAAAAACAGAAAAAGCUGCUUGCUACCUGCAGCUACGAUGUUUCCUGCCAUCCAAAAGGUGGCGAGGGCGCUGAUCAUUGCUCCUCUUCUGUGCCGUGGCAUAAACUCUGAGAAGUAGGAGAAGAUGACAGGAACUGAGCCUCCUACCCUGUAGAGGCAGCACACAUGAUGUCAGGCUCUGGAAGUGGAUUCUACCGACCAUUAGCCACAGCUAGUCAGCCUCUUCCAUCUCAACCUAUCCAGCACAUCCUCCCCCGUCACUAGCUCCUGCAAUCAUUUACUACUUUGGCGACCCGCGUUUGUUGUCCUCUUCUUUUACAAGGAUCUCCAUCUCCAACAACUCUCCUCUGUCUCUGUCUCCGACCUUUGUAAAAGAGCCACGGCUCUUAUAUACUGAUCUUGCCUUUUCUAGUCACUCCCAAAGAAAACCUUCAUUUUUAACUCUCACUUUUCUAGCUGCUUCCUGUUCUUUUUUCAGAGCUGCUGUCUCUAACCCAAACAUAAUGGGAGGACUCACUACUGUCCUAGAGCUUACUGUUCACUCUAGCUGCCACUCUUCCGUCAAAGACCAAUCUACAGUUGUCUCCACCAGUUCCAACCUUUCUGCAUUCUCCUUUUUCUCCUCUUCUCUUU